AUGGGGUCUACUUGCUCCUUGCUGGCUAGGCUUUGGCGCUCUUUGCAAGUGGAGACGCACGGAGGCUACUCAUCCCAGCGCGUGCUCGAGCUGGCUAAAUACAGGAAUGAGGCGAGUUGGCUUCGAGUGAUCACGAUUUUAUUCAUCACCCCGCUGCCGUGUUUGCUUGUCCCAGUCUUCGUGGAUCUCCUACCGCUUGCCAACCCGUUUCAAGGCAUCCACGCGAACAAAAUGUUCUACGUGCGCUUAUUCUACACGUUCCUAGUCGACACCUUCCUGGCCACCUGUCAGUUCCGGAUCAGCGUACCAGCACUCUCGUACCCUUUAGCCAGGGUCAUCAGAAACACUGUGGUGGUAUCGGUGAUCGGAGUUGGUGUGUCGUACGGCCUUGCCGCAUCCAUCGGGUUUCCGCUGCCAUUUUCUGCGAUGAUAAUCGCUCCGUCCUGGGUUUCUCUCGUUCUGGUUUCUCUGGCGAUUGAGUGGGGCAAGCAGAUUAAAGGUACUCCAGGCGCUGGCACGAUGGUCAUCAACGCCUUUAAGCUUUGGAUGUGCGAGGCAUCGCUGGUUUUUACCUAUCCGGUGUACUAUUAUACCUUCACCACACUGCCGAGGAGGGGCAAGACGGCAUUUACUCUGCUUCUACCAGUCUUGAAGAUUUUGAUGAAGAAUAUCAUCGCUCGGUCGGUUGUCCAUCUCAAGGACGAGAUGCCCGAAGUUGUGGUGCUGAAUGUGGACGUCUUCAACAACCUCUUCCUCUGCUACUGCAUGCAUAACUCCCCAUCGCUUUGGGUGACUCUAGAGAUCAUCCUUUUCGAUGUUCUGAUGAUGGCUUUCUCAUUGAAUGAUGCAAGGAAUGAGCAUCGGAAUUUACUCGACAUCGAACGACGAAUCGAGCAAGAGCGGGGUUGGAACAGCUUCAUCACCCGAGGCGGUUUAAGUUCCGGACGCGCAACUAAGAGGCUAACAACGCUGGAUCGAGCAAGUAUGAUCUUACAGAAUACCAGACUAACCACCUCGUCCUCUGGGCUGGACAUCUCGCCGGCUGCAAGUAGGAGCAUGAAAUCGAUUGCACCCAUCGGAAAAGUUCGUGUACACCCAGCAGCUAGUAGUGAUGGCAGAGCUCCGAUCAGAUACGCCCGCAAAGUCCAGCGAUUGGUCUACGUUGCGGAAUUUCUCCUCUUGCUGAACUACGUCGAGGUUGUCAUCCCUCUCAUUUAUUCGAUGUACUUGUACGCCAUGUACCACCUGCCAAACCGUGACUAUUACAUCCAGCUUCGUGGCGUCGAUCAGGAUCAUCUUCGCCUCAUGCUAAAUAACGUCCUGUUUUAUUGUUCGCUGCAGCUCGUGUCGCUUCUGAUGCUGCUAUUUGCUCUCCGCUAUUUUGUGGGACUCGCCCCGAUUCAUCAACUCGCCUACGUACUGGAAAGACAGUUCCGAGGGGUGCAGCUCAAGUUCGUGUUUUGGGUGUACUACAACGUCCAUGCCUCGUUGCAGCACUCAGGCUACGACUACAGCCUCAAAUUCAAUUGGAUGCAUCAUUAG